AUGGUCACCGAGGCACAAACGACCGAUGCUACAUUCCUUCCCCCCUCCUCCAGUGGGACCUCCCCAACUUCGACGGGAAGCGCAACCACCAGCGCGCACCGUCUCGUCACCAGGGUCACCAGAGCGCCCUCCGUGGACCCCACCACUCUGGCUACUAUUGCGCGUUCCAACAAGGAAGAACGCGACGAUCCACGCGUCUACAACAACGGCUGGCGAACCUGGAUAUCAGAGUACGAUGGCCGCAUGAUCACCGUGAAGCCCUGUGUCAAGGCUACAAG